GAGAGAGAGAAAUCCUGAAACCACAGCCAGAACCCAGGAGUUUGAAUUGCUGAGUAUCUCCAAGCAGCAUGGUUCUGAUUACAUUUGGAUGUCAUUUCCAGCUUCUUUUCUGCUUUGUGUUAUCUCAAUCUUCUUUCUUGGAGAACAUUGUCUCUUUCCCAGCAGCACUAAAAUCACUGGAACAUAAAAAGAGAAGCACGAGCAAUAUAUGCUGCCUCCUUACUCCACCGCCUCCUCCUUUAUUCCCUCCUCCACCAUCACUGCGAGAUCCUCACAAUCAGAAUGAAGAAAACAAAGAAAAUAAAGAAAAAAAGAAUUCUACAAUGCCUACAUGUACGCCAGGCCCAUCUGGGCCUCCUGGACCCCAGGGCCCUCAAGGAAUUCCAGGGUUAAUGGGACCAAAAGGGGAGAAGGGAGAAAUUGGCAGGCCUGGAUCAAAGGGAAGGACAGGCCCACCAGGCCUUCCAGGAAGACAAGGGCCAGCAGGUUGGCCAGGACCAAGUGGGCCAAAGGGUGAAAAGGGAGAUCCAGGUCUAAUGGGAUUGCCAGGUGCACGAGGACCAAUAGGGCCCAAGGGUUUGCCUGGAUUUAAAGGAGAAAAGGGAUCUAGAGGUGAACAAGGAGAGCAAGGUCUGAAAGGUGAAAAGGGAAAUAUGGGACUACCUGGAAUGCUAGGCCAGAAGGGAGAAAUGGGUCCAAAGGGAGAACCUGGAGUAUCAGGACAUCGAGGCCCAACUGGUAGACCUGGCAAAAGAGGAAAACAUGGAGAAAAGGGAGACACUGGGCAUGCUGGUCCCAUUGGCCCUGUUGGUCCACCUGGAGCUACUGGUCAUCCAGGCCCACCUGGACUUCCUGGAUCAGGACGAAUAAUAAUGGGACAAAAAGGUGAGAAAGGACUGCCUGGAAUUCCAGGCCGAUGCUACUGUAACCCACCGGUAACUGUGAAUAGCCCUCCAUAUGAGGAGCCUUUGCCUGGCGUCAACUACCCUAAAGUGCCAGUGAUUUUUGUGGUAAAUAAUCAAGAUGAACUGGACAGGCUAAACACUGAUAAUGCACUGGCUUUCAGAAGAGAUCAAAGGUCACUUUAUUUUAAGGAUACAGAAGGAUGGUUUCCAGUUCAGCUGACACCAUACCAGUCUCUUGAAAGCCCUGAACUGGAAGGUUUUUGUGGGGAUGGAAUCGUGCAGGAGCUUAAUGAUGAAGACUGUGAUGACGGCAACAAGAUUGUUACUGAUGGCUGCAUCAAAUGCAAACAUGCUUAUUGUGGGGAUGGAUAUCGGCAUGAUGGGGUUGAAGAAUGUGAUGGCAAAGACUUUGGUUAUCAGACUUGCAAAACAUAUCUUCCUGGGUCUUAUGGAGAGCUGAAAUGCACCUCUUACUGCUACAUUGACUCUACAAACUGCAAGUUUUUUACAUGAAGGCAGCAAAAGGAGUAACGCUUGCUUCCCACAGUAUGUUGUAUAUUUGGUGCUAUUACCAAUCUGGCAGGACUGAGGCAAUGCAAAACAAAACACAACACAACACAGGUUAGACUUUCUGUUCUCUUGCUGCUCUGAGGCACAUAGGUGACGGGGAUUUCUAAAAUCCAAACAUUUGUCUGGAAACACAUCCCUUAGGACCAUUGUAUUCUGUCUUAAUAACUCAACAAAAGUCGGUAUGCUAAGUAGACCUUUAAAGCGUCUUGAGUGACAUCUGAAGAUCCGCCACCUCUGCAGGGACGAAAUUGAUGGCAAAGCCGAUGAAGAAUACAGAGAACCAGGAAACAGACUGGUGCAGGUGGAACAACAUUACCUCGACUUAGCACUGUUACAUAGGUCAUUCAGGUCUUUGGGAACUUUGGAACAUCUGUAUUCUGGGUGCUGUGUGGAUAGAAACACUUUAAUCUUUUACUUUAAUGUGAAUUCAUAUUUAAUAGAACCGCAUGAAGACAAUUAAAUGAAGACAGCAAAAGUACCCAGUACCAUAAGCUAUAUUCUACUCGAUGUUGCAGCUUCCGUGUCCACAAUCUUGUUAUGUACUGUUUAAACCUUUGAAGUUCUGUAUUUAGAGUAUUAUAAUUUGUUUUCUGUUCUGUAAUCAGGGAUUCAAAUGCAGUCUUUUUUUACUCACAAUUUUAAAAGUCCACACAUACAGUAUAUCACAUGUAAGCAAAGGCGACUGUUUGGUGUGGUACUCUGUUAAAGCAUCACACAUUUAAUUACAACACAAUAGUACUAAAAAAACAAAUCAAAACCAUUUUUAGAUGCAGAUUAAAAACACAAUGGUUCAAAAAUUAUUUUUUAAUAAUGCAUUGUUUAUUUAAUUCUUUGGGCAGAAGACCAAAAGAACACCAAAACCCCUCAUAAACAAAUUUCUCGAUAGCAUUCCUUUAGCCUUACUCUAGAAGUCGCCCCAAUAAGGUGACACCUUGCAAUCUUUAUGGUGUCCAUUACAAUCGCUGAUGUCUCUUGAACUGAUUAAACCAAGAUUAUUGUGGAAAGCACAAUUAUUUUAAGGGGCUAAAAAAAGUGCACAGAAUGGUGUGCAAAAGACAAAAAAUAUCUUGGGGUAAGCAUUUGUCUUUUUUUUUUUUGUAUCUUUCAAAUACUUUUUUUCAUUUAUUAAAAUCUGACCUACCUCACUGUGGGUUAAAAUGUCUGUCACAUUGUGGAUAUCGGCGGUUGGUGAACAGUGAUGUAACGAUGAGCCCUAUUUGCCGUAGCUUUGUGUAUCUUAAAGAGCCUCUUCAUUGAGUAUUGGACAUUUCGAUAUGAGCCCUUGGUUUUUUUUGUUUUUGUUUUUUUUUUUAACACAAUUUCCAUGAUGCUUGGCAUUAAAACAUUGUCUGUGUGUGCACAUUUAUAGUGUCUGCAAAAUGUACAAUAUAUACAGAACAAAAUAAAGAUAUAUCUGGGAAUGCGUAUCAGUCGUUCAGCCCUCGUAAGGUCCACAGAAAAUAAUGGAAUGCUUAUAAAUGUGCAUGGGCUUCAUGCUUCAGGGACUUCAUUUUCCACAGAGGUUUCUCACUUAUCAUUUUCUCAGUACUGUCAGUAAGCAAAUGGAUGACUCAUGUAAAUUACGAUGUAUAAAUCUUUCUUUUGUGUUUUGUAUAUUACGGCAUUAUGAUGCAUUUGCAUGUUCAUGAUGUUGUCACUCAAAUGCCAACAAACAAAUCUGACUGUUUUUCUGGUGACAUUUUGCAACAUGCUCAUUAAACUGUCUUGUGUCA